GACAAUAUUGAAAGGGAGGAUGCGCUCGCGCUUUAAACAUCGCUGAGAACGAGCGUGUCGCAUUUAUUCAGUCUAAAUAAAAGAUAACAACUUGCCUUAAAUCAAAGGAGCGUGUAGCUUUUUAUUGAACAUGGCAUCAAAAUGUCCCAAAUGUGACAAAACAGUUUAUUUUGCGGAGAAAGUGACAUCUCUGGGGAAAGACUGGCACAAAUUCUGUCUGAAGUGUGAACGCUGUAACAAGACCCUGAAUCCAGGAGGACAUGCAGAGCAUGAUGGGAAACCAUACUGCCACAAGCCAUGCUAUGCUGCCCUCUAUGGACCAAAAGGUGUAAAUAUUGGUGGGGCCGGCUCAUAUGUUUAUGAAACAUCUGUGACCGAUGCCCCUGCCCCCAUGGCCAUGGAAACCCAGGCCAAUGCUAAUGAGAGGAAAGCAUCUGCUCCUACCAGGGGUCCAGUGAAGGCUGCAAGCUUCAGUUCGUUCUCUGGUGAGCCAAACAUCUGCCCAAGGUGCAACAAAACAGUGUACUUUGCUGAAAAGGUCACCUCCCUGGGUAAAGACUGGCACAGACCCUGUCUGCGAUGUGAGAGGUGCAGUAAGACUCUGGCCCCAGGCAGCCAUGCAGAGCACGACGGCCAGCCCUACUGCCAUAAACCAUGUUACGCUGUUCUCUUUGGGCCAAAAGGAGUAAACACCGGAGGUGUUGGUAGUUACAUAUAUGAGGACCCGAACACUGAGAGCCAGCCCUGAGAACCACAACCAUUUUUACACCAGCGGUAUCUGCACCCUUAGAUUCAAACUUCUCUGUUUCCUUUAAGUCAACUUCUCAUUCUUGAGUCUGCACUGAUCAUUUUAAUCUACAGAGUGCCACUACAUAUUAAUCAUACUAAUAUGAGCUAUAGUACUACUACUUACUAACAGGAAUAUGUGUCUAGCCUUUCUGCUGUAUUCAUAGUGUAUAUGUUUUUUAUAUUUUUUAUGAAUGCUAUUAAGAUGUUAAGCUGUUUUUUUUUUUUUUUUUUUUUGGCAUAAAUUGCAGGUUACAACUAAACUUAAACAUCUCAAAUUAAAUCCAGUGUUUUUUGUUUUUGUGUGUGUAUUUUUAUUUAUUUAUUUAUUUGUUGUUGUUUUGUUUUUUACUUCAAACAUGGUUAGUUGUGUAGCAUUUUAGGAAACAUAUUUAUUAUAGUUUAUUGACUGCAUCUGGUCUCUGUACUUUGAACUUGAGAUUGGUUUAUGUAUUAAAAUAUUUGUUUUGGUAAUUUAAAAAAAAAGCAUUGUUAAAUGUAUUGAAUUCUUUUUAUUUCAUUUCAUUUGUGGAAUGCUGAAAAUAAAAAAAGAAAGAAAUUUA